AUGACUAACGCUGUUUUCACCUUGUUGUAUAAUCCCGAUUAUCUCGCUGGAGCAUUGGUAUUGGGCUCAGUAUUGAAGAAAUUGGUGUCAAGAUCGGACCAAAAAUAUCCGGAGUUGAAAUUUGGUAUUCUUAUUGAUAAGUCCAAGUUUUCCACCUCCCAACUACAAUUGUUAUCUAAAUAUUAUGAUGACUUAGUUGACGUAUCACCUUUGAGGUCUACAAUUGUUGAAAAAUUGACUUUUGAUUUGAAGAGACCUGAAUUGGACAAAACGUUUACGAAGAUUGAACUAUGGUCCUUAAUCCAAUAUGACAAGAUUUUAUAUUUGGAUUCGGAUACAUUACCGGUAAUUCCAGAAGCUGAUAAUGGCGGUACUGUUUUGGACUUGUUAGCGUUGGAUUUCCCCAAGUUCAAAAUUUUGGCAGCACCAGAUAGCGGAUUCCCUGACAUCUUCAAUUCGGGUGUAUUUGUUUUAAGACCCAAUUUGGACGACUAUACAAAGCUAGCAGCAUUGGUGCAAGAGUCAGUUAUAAACCCUAAUGUCUCUUUUGAUGGUGCUGAUCAAGGUUUAUUAAAUCAAUACUUCAAUGCCCAGCCUGAUUGGGUUCAAGCUUUAUUGAAAAAAAAGGAUAUCCCUAUUGAUUUGGGAACUGUUAGCUACACCCAAGAUUCCAAUUGGAUUAAAAUUCCAUUUUUGUAUAAUGUGACUCCAUCGGCUGAAUAUGAAUAUUUGCCUGCAUUGAAACAUUUUCAAAACCCACCUGAACAACCACUGUUUUUGGAAAACCCAGUAGCCGAAGCUGAAUUAAUUGAUCAAGGAGCAGAGCAACCAAAGCACGACAAGGAAUUAUGGGAAAGUACCUUUGAUACAUUGGGGCGCUACCACUCUACUGCCUUGCUGUAUAUCAACUACAAAACUACCCAAGUCAAAGUAGUUCAUUUCAUUGGUAAAUAUAAGCCUUGGAAACUGAGUUCAAAUGUGUUUGGAGUGCAUAGAGACUGGUGGAAAGCUUGGAUGGAAGAGUUUGGUGAAAAAUCGUUAUCUGAUGUGGUACAUGGAGAGAAAUCUUUAGAACAGGAGCCACCAGCUGAUUAUGCAUCAGAGCCAGUUGAACAAGAACCUCCCAAAGAAGAACCAGCUGAAAUUUGUGGAGAGAAAGUCGAACCGAUUCCCGAACCACCACUUGAUACCUCUGAUCCACAGGUGUUACUCGACCCAGCAAAUUAUCAACGCUUUGAGGAUCGAAUCCAACCUAGCAUCGAUGCCAUGUGGGAUCCAACAAAGGAACCACCUCCAAAACGAGAAGAUCUCAAAGAAGAAGAUAGACACGACUUUCUUGAUAAGAUUCCUAAAUCUUUUACCAAUGAUUGGGAUAGCUCAACUCAACACCAUCACCAUCACCACCAUCCACCUGAAGAACGCAAAAACAUCCAUGAUACUCAACACCCUGUUGAGCAUUAUCACCAUGGUGAGACACAACAAAAUGAUCAAUCUACUUUGGAAGAGGAAAAUGUUCAACCACCUAACAAUGAGUUGCCCAUGUCACCACCUGAACACCCAGAACACGACCAUGCAUUUGAGCAUACUACUCUGAAUACACCACCGGUAAAACCAGAAUUGUAUGGUCAUAAAUUUGUUGAGCCUGAAAGAGUAUUUGAUACUACUGAUGAUUACUUCCCAACUCACAUCUUACAGGAGAUGGAAAAAGUAGAUCUUUCCAACAAACCAGAUACUGAUGCAGAAGUUAAACCGACUAGUUCAUCUGAAUUAGCUACUGAUGUCACUGCUUUCAAUUUAAUGAAUGAAGAGCUUUCAAAAGAAGGGGUUCUUGAAGAGUCUGCUUUUGAAGAGAUUUACACAGAGGAUAAGGAAGAUAUAGAUGGAGACAUUUCUGAAGAUGAUAUUUUGGAGGAGGAAGAGGAAGAAGAAGUGGUGCCAAAAUUGUUUCCCUGGGAAUUUAGAGAAAGCGGUAAAGUGAUUGCUGAGAGAGUAUUUGAUUAA